UUACCGGCGUCUGAGGCUGGUCAUAUUGCGAGAAGCGGCUGGAAAGGACGGUUAUGACCGGCGGCGCCCGACGCUCACUGGCUUCUCCGGUGGUGAGCGGCGUCCUCUGUCAGUGCGGCGGCGGAGCAGGAGCAGCCACGGCGUCUGCUACGAAUGAGGGAAUCCCCGGCGCUUCCUCGCAGGCGGAGCCCGAGCGGCGCCUUCGGAGCCUCUUCUUGCAGCUCGACGUCAACCGCGACGGCGCCCUUUGCGUCCACGACUUGGCCGUCGGCCUGGAGCGCCUCGGACUCCACCGCUCCGAGAGGGACCUCCGGAAAAUUGUAAAAGCCGGGGAUAAAGACCUGGAUGGCCAGCUGGAUUUUGAAGAGUUCGUUCACUAUCUCCAAGACCAUGAAAAGAAGCUGAGGCUGGUUUUCAAGAGCUUAGACAAGAAGAAUGAUGGCUGCAUUGAUGCCCAAGAGAUUAUGCAGUCCCUUCGAGAUCUGGGAGUCAAGAUCUCCGAACAGCAAGCGGAAAAAAUUCUCAAGAGAAUAAGGAAGGGGCACUUCUGGGGUCCUGUCACCUACAUGGAUAAAAAUGGGACUAUGACAAUAGACUGGAACGAAUGGCGUGACUAUCACCUAUUGCACCCUGUGGAGAACAUUCCAGAGAUUAUCCUGUACUGGAAGCACUCAACGAUUUUUGAUGUGGGAGAGAAUCUGACAGUACCAGAUGAGUUCACAGUGGAAGAGAGGCAGACUGGGAUGUGGUGGCGACACCUGGUUGCAGGUGGAGGUGCCGGAGCGGUGUCGAGAACAUGUACUGCUCCCUUGGACCGCCUGAAAGUGCUCAUGCAGGUCCAUGCUUCUCGCACUAACAACAUGUGCAUCGUUGGAGGCUUUACCCAGAUGAUCAGAGAGGGAGGGCCACGGUCGCUUUGGCGAGGGAAUGGCAUCAAUGUCUUGAAGAUUGCCCCAGAGUCUGCUAUCAAGUUCAUGGCCUAUGAGCAGAUCAAACGCUUCAUAGGCACUGAUCAGGAGGUGCUGAGGAUUCAUGAGAGGCUGGUUGCGGGUUCAUUGGCAGGAGCCAUUGCACAGAGCAGCAUCUACCCCAUGGAAGUUCUGAAAACACGGAUGGCCUUGCGCAAGACGGGACAAUACCAGGGGAUGCUGGACUGUGCCAAAAACAUCCUUGCCAAAGAAGGCAUGGGUGCUUUCUACAAAGGAUACAUCCCCAAUAUGUUGGGGAUCAUUCCUUAUGCUGGAAUCGACCUGGCCGUAUAUGAGACAUUAAAGAACAGCUGGCUGCAACGUUACGCUGUGAACAGCGCUGACCCUGGCGUCUUUGUUCUGUUGGCCUGUGGUACCAUCUCCAGCACCUGCGGGCAGUUGGCCAGUUACCCUCUCGCCCUGGUACGGACCCGAAUGCAAGCUCAAGCUUCAAUCGAAGGUGCGCCGGAGGUCACCAUGACAGGCCUCUUCAAGCAUAUCCUGAAGACGGAGGGUGCCUUUGGUCUCUACAGGGGCUUGGCUCCCAAUUUCAUGAAGGUCAUCCCAGCUGUGAGCAUCAGCUACGUGGUCUAUGAGAACCUGAAGAUGACUUUGGGGGUACAGUCUCGGUGACCACACGGGGUCUGGACUGUGUUGGACUCUAGCAAAAUCUUGGGGCCAGGAUCCCAAGGUGUUGGGCCAUUCUCAUUCUGUGAAUGUGUUGAUGGACACGAAGCUGCUCAAGCCAAGCUGUGAGAAAUCCCAGGCGGUGUGUGUGGCGGGAUAGGCUGCAGGAGGCCUUGGGCCUGUUUUGAUGUAUUGUUGCUGUUAUAUUGAAAGAGUUACAUGUUUCAACAAUCACCCUGCAUGAAAGGGACCAAUCUGGGAAUUCAAGGGAAACAUCUUGAACUGGCGGUGCUAGCCUAGCUCCUAGCAUAGCUGAGGAGGGGUCAAUGAGACCCUCCUUUUCCGAGUCUCUUGCAUGGACUCAGAGCUGGAGAAUGUAUCAUCUUCCAACUGGCUUGAAAGAGCUCUUUUCUGUUGAGUUGGGUUAACUCCUUUUACCCAUGGCUUUAGACCUCCAAAAGACCUGCCCUGGGUAGGAAAGGCUGUUGGGCCAAAAACAUAUUGCUGUUUACAUGCAUUCCUUUGGGCAGGAGCAAUUUAUGUCCGACUUCACAUUUCUGACACUGCAAUGUAACUUUAUAAAAACAAAACCAAGGCUGGAGGGCAAAGCCAACUUGAGGCUCGCCCAGGCAGAGUUGGCAGGUUUUAUUUUUGUUUAAAACUUUAUGUAGGUGUGACUGAGUGUAUGUCCUUCUAAAAUUGCUAACAAGAUGCACUUAUUAAUAGCAGCAGCCUUGAUCCUGCAUGUCUGUCUUUGCAUGUCAGAGAGGCUUAUGGCUUCAGUGAGGAAAAGCCUGGGAGGAUUUUAGGCAACCGUGGCACAUUGGGUAUGGCUUCACAGAAGACCCAGGUAGCUCUGUUGGCACUUGACCCAUCAUUGCAUCUGGGUCUGACAUACAAACAGUGGCAGCAAUAGCAGCUGACAGAAACCAUCAUUGUAGCAUUGGGGUGAAUGGAUGGGAGAUGUGUGGUGCUUUGAAUGCAGGACUGCCAGUUGCCAAGGGGAUCAAUCCCCUCUCCCUGAACCUCUGAGCCUUGGCUGCUAAAUCUCUCUCUUCACAGGUGGAUGGUUGGAAUUUGCAUGUAGAGUGAGGUGAUGUACCUGGACUUUGCAGGGUAGAUAGGAAGUAGGUUUGCCUGUGGGAACUGGAUGGGCUUAAACUGACGGUGAAAAAGCUGUAGCUUUUGUUUUGGGGCUGGAAAGUGGGGCCCAAGUGAGGAAGAUGUUCCCUCCCCUUCCCCUUUUUGCAAGGUGCUUUUCUUAGGGUGAAGGGAAGGUUGUUGCUGUCAUAUCUCUGACUGUACCAAGGGCUCCGGGAGUCCUCGCCUGACUUAGCGGGGCCAGCAUUGCAUUCCAUUGUUGUUUUUACUGCUUCAAGCAUAUUUAUUUUGUAUUUAUUUGAAGGCAAGAGUGAUGCUCGAAAGUUAUUUUUUUAUAGUUCUUGUGUAAAGGAUAGACGCCGUGUCCUUGGCAUUCUGUAUUUUUGUAGACGUUCUUGUAUUUAUGUUCUCUUUUUUUAAAAACAAAAAUCAUUUUGCACGUUUUAAACAUGGCCUCCCUGAAUCAUCGGGGCGGACGACCCCACGCCACCUCCCUCCAUGACCUCUGCCACCUGCCUUGCUUCUGGGGUUGACUGAGAGAAGUCCUGGUCGGUCGGGUUUGGGUUGGAAUGAGAGUCUGUUGUUUCCGAGGCUUGCCUUAAUGUGGAUUUGCCUCACGUUUUCGGCUUCUGUUUUUUGGAUGGGCGCUGAUGGAUGAACCACAAAGCUGGACUUUUUCUUUUUUUUAAUGUCAAUUUUACUGCAAUGGUUAAAAUAAUGAGAAGGGCUGAUUGGACGUGGGAGGGAAAAGUAAUAAUAAUAAUAAAUCUCAGGGAGACACAGAUCACAAGAUGCCAGUUUUCCUGACACCUGGAAGGGAAUUUGCACUUGGAGUGGAGGCGUUGCGGUUUUCUGUGCAAACCGAAUGGGGGCUGGGUGCAUGUGGGGGAGAAAUGAGAUGGAGGAAAAGCUGUCAGCCUGAAAAGCCAUGGCCUUUCAGGCUGCUCUAUGCAUUGGGAGGCUUGCAUGGCACAGGGCAGCUUUGGUUUUGAGUCUUCCUCCUCUCCAUCGGGCCUUUUGGCCUUUUGCAGGGCCCAUCCAUUGCUGCUUGGGAAAUAGCUGCAUGCUUGUCUUGAGCUCCUACCUGGAUCAGUGAUUCCACUUUUCCCCCUCCUUGAGUGGUUUAUUUUUUUGUGAGUCACUGUACCGCAGCACCUCCUUCCUACCGUUUGUGGCCUGAAGAGGGGAUUCGGAACAGAUAAAUCAAUGCAAAAUUAACUUUGUCUUUGUAGCUGUAACCCGGAUUUAUGAAGAGCGAAUCUAACAAAACAAGGAAGCCCUUGCUGGUUAGGGAACAGUUCGCUAAUAAAGGUUUAUCAUGCCGAC